CCGCCCGUGCCCCCCGCCACCCCCGAAGGCCCGACCAAGCCACAGCGCGGGCGACCAGUGCGCAGCCCGGCGUCCUCGCGGGAGCCGGAUCGCCGGCUCCGACCGAAGCCGACCCGCCCGCCGCCAGCCAGGUGCCAUGCUGCUGCUUCUGCUGGGCUUGCUAAGCCCGGUGGCCUGCUGGGCACUGGGUCCGGCUGGCCCUGGCUCCUCAGAGCUGCGGUCAGCCUUCUCGGCGGCUCGCACCACCCCGCUGGAGGGCACGUCGGAAAUGGCGGUGACCUUCGACAAGGUGUACGUGAACAUCGGGGGCGACUUCGACGCGGCCACGGGGCGGUUCCGCUGCCGCGUGCCGGGCGCCUACUUCUUCUCCUUCACGGCCGGCAAGGCCCCGCACAAGAGCCUGUCGGUGAUGCUGGUGCGCAACCGCGACGAGGUGCAGGCGCUGGCCUUCGACGAGCAGCGGCGGCCGGGCGCGCGGCGCGCCGCCAGCCAGAGCGCCAUGCUGCAGCUCGACUACGGCGACACGGUGUGGCUGCGGCUGCACGGCGCUCCGCAGUACGCGCUGGGCGCCCCCGGCGCCACCUUCAGCGGCUACCUGGUGUACGCCGACGCCGACGCCGACGCGCCUGCGCGCGGAGCCGCGCCCCCGGAGCCGCGCUCGGCCUUCUCAGCGGCGCGCACGCGCAGCCUGGUGGGCUCGGAUGCUGGCCCGGGGCCGCGCCACCGGCCGCUGGCCUUCGACACCGAGCUGGUCAACAUAGGUGGCGACUUCGACGCGGCGGCCGGCGUGUUCCGCUGCCGCCUGCCCGGCGCCUAUUUCUUCUCCUUCACCCUGGGCAAGCUGCCGCGCAAGACGCUCUCGGUGAAGCUGAUGAAGAACCGCGACGAGGUGCAGGCCAUGAUUUACGACGACGGCGCCUCGAGGCGCCGCGAGAUGCAGAGCCAGAGCGUCAUGCUGGCGCUGCGGCGCGGUGACGCCGUCUGGCUGCUCAGCCACGACCAUGAUGGCUAUGGCGCGUACAGCAACCACGGCAAGUACAUCACCUUCUCAGGCUUCCUGGUGUACCCCGACCUCGCCGCCGCCAGCCUGCCGGCCCUCAAGCCCCCCGAACUCUGAGCCUCUGCUUGGAGGAACCCGUGAGGCCGUGGGGCGUGCAUGCCGAGCCGGGACCACGGCCCGAAUGCCCCACCGCCCCACCGGCCUGAGCAUAACGGCCUGCCCAGCGCGCCUGGACUCAGCCAAUAAAGUGGGCCUGCCUCUGUCAGCUUUAGGGCCUGCCCUGUGUCUUGACUCUGAUGCCUUGGCCUCCCCUUCUCGGGACGGGACAGGACUGCCCUGACUAGGACAACACAUAGGGCCUAGAUGGGGUCAGGCCUGGUGACAGUGAGAAUUUGAAGCUCAGGCUCCUAAAUUCAAGCGGGCCUCACCUUCAUGUCUGUCUAGUGCAUCCCUGCGUCUGACUCCCACCAAAUUAUGCCUUUCUGUGACAGGGAACGACGUCUACUCUAACCCACUAGGAACACAGGAUGCAAGGCAGCAUGUUCCUCCCUUCAGUAGGGCAUGGGGCUGACACAGGACUGACACCUGGCUGCCCUCCCAGAAUGGGCUACCUAAUUUGCGCAGAGCACGCUUUAGAGUAAGUUGUCUUAGACACAAAAAUGAGGCAGGCGCUGGGAGACCAGAGCUACACAGAAUCAGGGCAACCUUAAACUGUUUGAGCUAGUUUCUCUCUGCGAGGGUCCUCUCCCUGCUUUACUCUAAGAUGUCACAUGUGAGGCUUGAGAUGAAACAAGAUUUUUUCUUUCCUGCCCACAAAGAGGCAAUGUUUCUCCAUCUUACCCCCUCCUGUAAAUAGAGCCACUGAAGUCCAGUCUGUGUUCCCAGUCCACAUGGGCACUUGGCAGUCUCAGAGACCAGAGAGUCUUGGUUAGCUUUGACAUUAGGAUAUUAAGACUGGGUGAUGGAAGCCAGGCGUUGGUGGCUCACGCCUUUAAUCCCAGCACUCGGGAGGCAGAGGCAGGCGGAUCUCUGUGAGUUCUAGGCCAGCCUGGUCUACAGAAAGUUUUCCAGGACAACCUCCAAAGCUACACAGAGAAACCCUGUCUCAAAAAAAAAAAACAAAAAAACAAAACACUAGAUGACCAGCAUAUGGGGUUUCCAUAUUUCACGGGGCUGCCAGGAUAGGCGUUAGAGGACCUGACAUGAAUUACUUUGGGGGCUGCUUUCUUUCAGCAAGCGUUAAACACACUUUUCAGCCCUGAUCUCUGGACAUACUUGCAUGUAACCACUGCCUGCCAGUCUUGCCCUUAGCAUUUUGCCUAUUGCCUAAACCCAGGCCUUAGCUGGGUCUAUGGAACAAGAUAGAAUGGAUAUAAGCAUGGGGGAUCAGGAGCCAGGGACCAAGGUAGGCUAGAGAGGAAGAACCUGGAGAGGCAGAUGGAGCCCCUGCCCAGAGUGGGGAGAGGAUGAUGAGAAGGGGAAAUGCCAAGUGAAAGGGGAGGGGUCGGGUGAGAGUCAAGGAUGGAGGUCCAGGAUCCCAGUGAAGGGGCUUGCCCUGGGGACAGAAACCCUUGCACAGGUUCCAAAGUGUUUUCUGUGUCAAGAGGGCAAAGACCUGGGCCCAAGGACCCCUCUCCUCAGCCUCACUAGCCCUGUGGAGCUGGUAACACACAACAGGCUUGUAAGAAGCAGGUGCUAAAAGUCCAAAGAGGAAGCCCUUUCUGAAGGUCCUGAAGGUGUACCAUUGCUUAGCACCCCCAAAUCACUGGGCAUGUGGUGCUGCAGGAAGAGCCUGAGUCGAUGGCUUGGAUCCUGGUUUCUCAUCUUGAAUAUAAGCUGUCCUAGAGCAACUGCAAGGGGAGCUAUUUUAGGCGUGGGCUGUCCUUAGGCAUCAGGUAUGGGAGCAAGUCUGGGCAAGGAGAUGGGAAGCCUAUAAGCUAGUAGGACCCAUCCUAGUUGCUCCCCACCACAGGCAGGUCUACCCUUAGGCCCUUCCAAACCCUGAACUUAGGAUGCCUUGACCUUUCAACCCAUGGCCCAGGCUAGGAAGAAUGACUUCUAGCCUCACUUCCGGGUCCUCUGGCUACUGCAGGCCACCUCCUAUGACAGUGCUGUCCAUGAAAUACCCUGAGGCAGUAGAGAGGAGUCAGAUCCUUCCUGUCCUUCACUCUGAUCUGUUCUGUUGCUCAGGAGGCAUCUUUAUCAGAAAAGUGCCUGGAUGGGCUGGAGAAAUGACUCAGUGCUUAAGAACACUGUCUGCUCUUCCAGAAGACCCAGGCUCAAUUCCCGGCAGCCACAUGACAGCUCACAACUGUCUGCAAUUCUAAUUCCAGGGGAUCCAAUACCCUCACACAGAUGUACAUGCAAAUGCACAUCAAAUAAAAAUAAAUUUGUAAAAAGAAGAAAAAAAGUGCCUGGAUACGGAUCUCAGGUCCCCUCUCCUAUUCCAAAUGCACAUAUAUACAUAGUAACCUUCUCAAGCAUGGAUCUUGUCUCAAUACAUACCAAGUCUGACUCCCCUCUUGGCAAAAACCUAACAUGACUCCUGUAAUUUGCCCAAUGCCCUGGUAGGGUUCUAGAACAAUGGUAAGCACUGAAACUAAUCUCCAUAAGCUUUCUAUACCAUCACCCACUGUAGCACUCACCAGGCCCACAGUUCUUCCUCUGCCAUGUGAGGCUCAAAGAGCCAAGUGUACCUCCUGGUGGCCAAUAGCCUUUUCUUGGUUCCUAGCUACCCACCCUGAAGCCCUUGUACCUGCAUGAUUCAGGAACUGUAGUGUCCCAGCCAUGUCCUCUGACUCUUUCCUCCCAGCUCCUCAUCUGCCUUUGAUAGCUCCAAAUUCCCAAUACAUGUUGCUACUGCA